GCCAUUGUUCGUCGAGACUGCUGGCGUCCCUACUGGCUGCAAUUCGGCCGAGGGACCGGCCUCCUUCCUUCGACCUCGCCUCUAGAGGGGAGGUGAAAGAGGGAGAAUGAAGAACCUUCGUUCCACACACGCUUAGAUUCUAUAGGAGAGGAAUGGGCCCAGAACGGCUGUAAGCUCAUGUCAGGCCAUGGGAAUGUGAUACACCAUCUAUACUCGGCAAUGGUGUCAGAGAUUUGGCGUAGAGGUAGAGGUAGAGGCGCUUAACUCGGCGCGUGGUUUAGACUCCACUAGACCAGAGUCCGAGCGUUCUCACGACCUCUUCGACUGGAUUCACCUCAUAUUAGACGGCUCACCAGGUCCAGAGUAAGCAAGUCAUGCGGACCCAUUGACUGCCUUGAGCUUCGUCGGAAGAACAGCUCUUGCAGGAGUUCGCGCGUCUCUGAGCAGCCGGAGACCACAGUUGUCUGACGAACGAUCUGCCUCCGGGCAUAGAUCUAUGCUGAAGCCAGGAUGGACACAGGAAUGGCAGCGAGGAUUGUCGACACCCGAUUGGACCUCGAGAGUCCGGGAUCUGGAAACUAUGGACACUCGGGAGACUCUGAAGCCUAUGCUCCAGUUGGAGUAGUCGCCGCAUGCCACGCUAUGAUGAACCGAGUGAAGGCUCGAAUGAAAUCCCUCUACGGAAAGCGGUUUUUCCAGCGGCUGCACGUCGCAUUGAGGAGUGGAUGGGCCUGUUUAUUCGCUGGAGUAGUGUUACAAUUCGCCACCCCCGUGACCGACUGGCUGGCGAUCCCAUUCUUUUCACUCGUCAUCUGUCUGAACCUCGUCGAGUCCAGCCUCGGGGCAGUGGUCAAGAAUCUUGUCGGUGUGGUGAUAGGCUUAGGACAAGCCUUGAGUGUCGGGAGCUUAGUGUACCUGAUCUUCGGAUGCAGCCUGGAUCUCGUACCAACGAUAGUCAUAAUAUUUUUCAGUAGUUUCUAUGUAGCAUAUCCCGCAGGACUUUUGGGGCAGGAGAUGUCCAGGAAGGUGGCUCUCGCUCUCAUAGGGAUAAUCUUCACUUCGGCACACUCUGGAGCCAACGAAAACAGCAUGUUCUUUCUGAUCCGUCUCGGAGCAACCACGCUGUUCGGAGCAGGGUGUGCUCUUCUCGCUGUUAUUGUACCGUUUCCAGGGCUCGCAUACUGGGAGAUAAAAACAAGUGCCAAAGCCACUGUUAGAGGAGAUGCCGAGCUUUUCAAGACUAAUUGCGAGGCUUUUUGUGCUAGAGAAGUUAGUAAGCUGUCAUCUGUAUUUUUACACGCCAAAUAUCUCUCCAAAACGGCGUGUAUUACUCUUGACGAUCUGAACAGCAGAAUGGCUGAUGUUUACUGGGAGCUUCGUCCACUAGGGAAGAUGUCUGCCUGCAAGCGAAUGUCGGAGGGUCUGAACGUCAUCAGACUGCACAUGAUGGGCAUGGGCAUGGCGCUGCAGUCCGGGCUGAUUUUGCAGUACACUCCCGCAAAGAUGACAACAAAUUUAAGAUAUUCGUUGACAUGUCUCGCUGAACGUAGCAAGGCGAUGCUCGAGCUGACGGCCAAAAUGGGGAGCGGCGAAUCGAUGGUGCAGGAGAAAGAGCGGCUUCUUGCAAAGGCUAGGGAAGAUCUGAAAACCUUUGAUCAGGUCCUGAGAAUAGCUCGAGAAGAGUCUUAUUACUUUAAAAACGACGAAGAAGUUACUUUGGGAGAAUUGGUCACUACGGGUGGCCAGGCACCACCAUCACCCACAAGUGAGAAAUGUAUCAAGCACCUGUUCCAGAGCAUGGUGCCCACAUACUUCUUCCUCUUUAACCUCAAGCUGUACUUCUGUGAGACAAUGAAGAUGCUGGACCCAAACUCCACAGGCAAAGUCGCCAACGAAAUGCACAAGGUAGCAAAUGCCGGUGGCCAUGUACCGAUGAUCUCGUACGAGCUCGACAAGCAUGCAGUACCCAUAGCUGUUGUAGUGUCCCCCGUAGCCGACGAGGCUUCCAAGCCACCCAAGGUGCCAAAGCCUGUCAGCGGUCUCCUCACAUCUCAACCCACAUUCAGGUGCUCAGUAUGCGACAAGCAGAGAAGGGAAGAACCUUGUGUCAUCAAGGACACAAUGAUACAAAACAUUUGGGCACGAGUUUGCGAAUCGUUCUGCUCGUUCAAGUACCAGCAGGUCGUUCGAGCCUUGAAAAUCUCGCUGGCCAUGGCUAUUGCAGCUCUGGCAGGUAUCCUCUACAACAAGAAAUUCGCCUUCUGGGCGGUGGUAACCGUAGGAUUCAUCAUUCAAAACCAUCAGGGAGGCUCCUUCCGCAUGGCAAACCUUCGACUUCAGGGUACAGUAAUCGGAUCCAUCUACGCUUACCUCAUGGUCAUCGUCAUCCACGAUCACCCGGACUUCGUGCUGGUGGCGCUUAUUCCGUGGGUCGUGGUACUCAGCUACCUAAGAUUCAGUAAACUGUUCGGAGCUGCCGGAGUAAUAGCAGGCUUAACUGCAGCUAUUGUCAUGCUGGGUUCCAACGGAGCACCCAUCCAGGAGCUGGCAGUGACCAGAAUCACUGAGAAUUUCAUCGGAGUUUUGGCCCUGAUCUUCGUCGAGAGUUUAGUCUUCCCUGAUCGAGCCGCGAUACUGUGUCGGAAGGAGCUGGUCUCGAGCUUAGUUGAUCUAAGGGAUUGCGUGAAAGCUGUGGUAGCUGCUUACACUGGCCACUUCUGCGAUGAGCACAGAAGAAUCGUGGCAUCCGAUAUCAAAAAACUGGAAGCCCAGCUUAGAUCCAGAAUCGCUGAGCAAUCCAAGCUCCAAGCCGAAGCAGUCAUGGAACCUGAACUGUGGAACGUGCCUUUCCCAGCGGAAAUCUACGGGCAGCUGGUCAACAUUCAAACUCGGAUGCUGGAUCUGCUCCACUUUAUGGUACUUUCACUUCACGCAGCCACUGAAGAGUGCCUGGGAUCUCAGAUUCGGAAGCUAGUGGGUCCACUUCAGGGAAGUUUGGACGCGCUGGAAGAGGAGGUUUUGUCAUCACUGCAUCUUCUACAAGGGCUCCUGCAAUGCACGCGGUACAAGAUCGAUCUGAUGUCCAAGAAUUCAGGCAGUUGGCACCAUGAAGCAAAGAGUGAGCUACAUCGAGCUACCUCUCGUCACGAUCAUGGAGCUCCGAAUGAUGACUUGCAGGACAUGGUGGGCAAGGUGCAUCCGCUGUUGGUUUUGGAGUGCAUUCGACGAGACAUCGAUGGGACUCCUCUGUCUCUGAAGAAUAGGAUGAAGGAUUUCGAGGCUAGCUACGAGACAGUGGUCGAGGAGUUUAUCGUGAAAAAGAGGGCGGAUCCUAAUUCCCCAGUUCUCAGUAACCCUGCCAUGCUCUCUUUCAGUGCCCUCACCUUCAGCUUGCAAACUCUGCUCAAGGAAACAGUGGAGCUCGAGAAAACCAUCCACCAGCUCCUGCACUUUGAGCAUCCUUGGAGUGUGCUCGAAUUUUGGGAAUCAGUGGACGAAGAGAAAGAAUUGCUUUCUGUGCCUCCAUCUCCAGGUGUCCAUAACCAGAACCGCCACAACUUCCCAUAAAUCGUUGCAACUCGAUCCAAGCAGCCAACAAAGCUAACCAACUUCACUACAAGCACACUCAUUUAUUGUUUCAACUGGGCACUAGCUGAAACCAGGUUCCCCAACAUGACAAGCGUACAGUCAUGUCAACCUUAAUUUCACCAUGUACUUGCAACACUAUCUGGCGCUACCGGAGUCGAAUUUACCGAGUCUUGACUCGAAGCCAAUCUCUGCGAUGAUAAUCUCGGGGACGAGGACGAGACGACGUCGUCAAUCGAUGUGGCAGAAUGUAGUCAUGAUUGGUCAUACUACAGUAAGCCAUAUACCACGAAGACUUAGCGGGAUUGAUUCUAUUUUGACCGUUCGUCAUAAGUUCCUUCAGCUUUAGAAGAUACCGGAGUAGUCAAUACCCCCACUGUCAAAUUCCUCUUAGCUGUUAAGUCGACAAAUUGCCGUCGAGUAGGCCUUUCAGCACUUGUGCCGGCGCCGCGGAUCGUUUGGUGGACAUUCACCGACCACACUGUUUGCAAGGCCGAACUGGUCUGAGAGGGUCCUGAGUGGACCCUGUGUACAUCAUUAUACUCGUGAAAUAUUAACUGCCAGCUCGUAGCUGGAGACUGAAGCAACAACACUUAUGCAUGCAUCGUCGCCUGUACCC